ACCUGCUUUGAGGCCACUGGGAGCAACAUCCAAGGGGUUGGGGAGAAACAUGUUUCUCUCAAGCAACUGAUUGGGGAUAAGUUAUAAUAUAAUUGAAGGAGUAAGGGAAAGAUGUCAAAUUAACAUAUUUGGAAAAAUCAAUUUAUAUUUGCACUAACUGGCGUAACUGGUAUUAGCAGGAACAUUUAUCCAACACUUUAUUUCUUUCAUUUGCUAUGCAAGAAAACCCUCAUUUCCCAGCAUGGAGCAGGAGGAUCAGUUGGAUAAAUCCCCUUAUGUUCGCUAUGAUUUUGAAAGUGAACCCUGAGAAGUAGAUAAAUGGUUAACCACAAUAUGCCAUACAUUUCAGAAACUGAUUGUUCCGUUGAAGAAAUGAAAGGGUUAAUGAAGCAUUGUCCAUUCAUACAUCUUGUGGUUCCUUCCUUGCCUCUUUUCCUGUAGGAGGAGACCUGGUUUCCCUGGGAAAACAAGUCAUAACUUUUUUUUUCAUUGUCAUUUCAUGCCACCCUGUGAUUUGACACUUUUCUGUCUCGCCUUGCGAAACCAAGAAUCUUUUGUUUGACAACACUGCAAUAUGUUAAAGACUUGACGAAGCAGAUAUGAUGAGGAGAAAAUAAGCCGCUAUUCCAUUUUUCUCAUGCUGCUGAAUCUACAAGCCAGACUGAAUUAAUUGUUGCUUUUUCCUUAUUCAUUUAUUGUAGCCUGCUGCUACAUGGAACACGUCUCUGGAACAAUGAAUGGGAUUCCUCACAUUACCUGCCAGGUUGUUGCUCUUCUAUUAAUAUGCUCCUUCUACAAUGCAUUUAGCAAGAAUUCAGCAUCCUCAAUGGUGAGAUUCCGAACCCAAGAAGAAGUUGCUGUAGGCACUACCAUAGGCAAAAUAUCUGAAAUGCCAGGCUGGUCAGUGGAUGAGAGCGAAGAAUAUAAACUCAUACAGGAACCAAAGCCUUUCCCAGUGGACGUGGGAUUGAAAGAUGGAACAAUUACAACAACAGGUCGUUUAGACAGAGAAGAACUUUGCAAGCCUCAUGGUCACUGUCUACUAACUUUUGAUGUCCUGGCAACAAAGGCCUUGGUUUUGGUGCAUGUUGAAAUUGAGGUUUUGGACAUCAAUGAUAAUGAGCCAUCAUUUCAAAAACCAGAGCUGGAUUUAGAGAUUUCAGAGAGUGUGUCACUACGGCACCGGAUACCACUGGACAGGGCCUUUGAUCCUGAUAGUGGGAGCAAUGCAUUAAAAGGUUAUAAUCUUUCUCCAAAUGAACACUUUACUUUGAAUGUUCUUUCAAAUUCUGAUGGCACUAAACAUCCAGAGCUGUUGGUGGUUAAAGAGCUGGAUAGGGAAAUUCAAUCUUCUUUCCAACUUGUCUUAGUGGCAUUAGAUGGAGGGGUUCCACAGAAAUCUGGGACCACACAAAUUAGGAUUAAUGUUUUGGAUUCUAAUGAUAACAGCCCCACAUUUGGAGAAAGCUCUGUUAUCCUUGAAGUCCCUGAGGACACAUCACCUGGCACCCUUCUACUAAAUCUCACAGCCACUGACCCAGAUCAGGGGCCAAAUGGUGAGAUUGAGUUUUCAUUCAGCAAAAAUACAGCCCACCAUGUUCUUAGCAUGUUCAGCAUUGACCCCAAAUUGGGUGGAUUAGUGCUGAAACAAUCAUUAGACCAUGAAGACAGACGUACUUAUGAACUGGACGUACAAGCAAAUGAUUUGGGCCCUAAUCCUAUCCCUAGUCAUUGUAAGGUGCUUAUCAAAGUUGUUGAUAUUAAUGACAAUGCACCUGAUAUACAAGUUAAAUGGGCUUCACAGGACUCCAAUGAAAUUAUGGUAUCAGAGACUGUUCCUUUGGGUAGUUUUGUUGCUCUAGUAAUGGCCAAUGACCCGGAUUCUGGUACAAACGGGCAAGUGGAUUGCCAUCUAAUUCAGGAACAGGCCCACUUUAAAUUACAAAGAACUAAUGGCAACAGUUACAUUCUAUCAACCAAUGCCAUUUUAGACAGAGAGAAGUGGGAGGAAUAUAAUUUGACUAUUCAGGCUCAAGAUCAAGGAGUCCCUUCAUUCUCAACAAAAAAAUCACUGAAAAUUCGUGUGACUGAUGCCAAUGACAAUUGCCCACUGUUUGAAAAAAUCAGCUAUGAUGUCUCUGUGGUUGAAAACAAUGCCCCCAAUACCCAUCUCCUUACAGUGCAUGCCGUGGAUCUUGACGCUGGUAUUAAUUCUGAAGUGACUUACAGUAUUAUUGACUCCUUUCUCUCAGGAACAGCAGCCUCUGCCCUUGUGUCAAUUCACUCCACUACUGGAGAAAUAUAUGCUCUGCGGCCUCUGGAUCAUGAGAAAAUUACUGAAAUCCAAUUCAUGGUUAAAGCAGAAGAUAAGGGCAGCCCAAAACUCAGCAGUAAUGCUUCCAUCAGAGUGUCCUUAAUAGACCAAAAUGACAACAGCCCAGUCAUUGUACAACCACAACUCAGAAGAGGCUAUGCAAGUAUCACUGUCCUAGUGAAUAUGGAAACAGGCCUUCUGUUUUCCUCCAUGGAGGUAAAAAAUGUUCAGGCACUUGGAAAUGUUAUACCUGAUUUUGGUGCAAAUAAUAUAUUUACAGACAUUGAAGAUAUCAACAUACACCCAGUUCUUCAAGUGGUGGCCACAGAUGCAGAUUCUGAUGAAAAUGCUAAACUGACCUACCAUCUGGCAAAUACUUAUCAAGGAUUGUUUGCCAUAGACCAGUACCAUGGGCAGUUAUAUAUAAAUUCCAGUAAUGUAAGUCAUCUAAUUGGAAAUGCCAUGGAGUUGGAAGUUUUUGUCAGAGACAGUGGAAUCCCUCAGCUAGAAACCAAGGGUCGCCUGAAAGUUAUGUUUAGUAACCAUCUCGAUCAUCUGAAAAACUCAGGAACUGGAUUUGGUGGGGGGUUAAGUGUUUCCAUGGUUAUAGUUAUCUGUCUGGCUGUCCUGCUGGCUGUAUGUCUCCUAGUUUUAGCACUUAUAAUGUCUUUCUGCAGGGUAGAUAGAAAGGACAAUAGAGCAUAUAAUUGCAGGGAAGAGGAAUCAGCUUACACACAUCAGCCCAGAAGGCCUCAGAGGCAGAUCCAUAAGGCUGACAUUCAUGUUGUUCCAGUGCUGAGGGGAAGACAAAAACACCCAGGAUCACCGUCUGAAACGCACAAACCCUUUUCUUUGACUGAUGAAUGUAAAGAAAAACCUGAAGAUGAUGCACUUCAUACUCCAUUUCACCUCACUCCUACACUUUACCGCACCUUAAGAAACCAACAUAACCAUGAAACACUAAAUGAUGACCAAGAAGUGGAUCAGUCUUUGUUAUUGCCUCUCUCAGUUUGCCAAACUCUGCAAUACCAGAGACAAAGGAGCUGUUCAAGGGAGAAUCUUCAAGAUUUUAAUAGCACACUUCCUGCUUCUUUCAAAACCUUAAAGAACCCUGGAAGCCCUCAGGUGAGGCCAGAAUAUCCCCCUAGUUGUUCUGAGCCAUUGCUAUACAAUAAGGAAGAUGUGCACCCUGCUACAUCACCAACUCUUAGAAGGCAGAGGAACCGAGAGAUAUCAUCUCAUGAGCAGAUUCUGAGGAGCCUGGUGCGCUUGUCUAUGGCGGCUCUAGCAGAAAAAGAAGCAGUAGAACUCACCAUGCAAUCACCCCAUGUGCAGCAAAUUUCACAGCUACUUUCUCUGCUCCACCAAGGACAAGUGCAUCCCAAGACCCUACACAGAGGGAACAAGUAUUCUAAAGUUAAUAGAUCUGCAGGCCAGGAGACUGAUUGGCAAAGCACAAAGGACAGUGGUAAUGGCGAGAGUGAAGCAGGAGACCUGGACUCGGAACCAGGAAUUGACCUUCCGGGCAGUCAGCAGUUAUUGGAAAACAGCUUGGAGACCAUGUUAGGACACUCUGGUGGAUCAGAAAGUAAUCGGCUGAGUGGUCUAGACCCAGGAUGGAUAGCUCGACUUUCCUUGCCUUUAACCAACAACUACAAAGACAAUGUUUUCACUCCGGAUACACCAGUCCUUCAACAGCCACUGAUAACAGCAGAGGAGAGAGAAGAGCUUAAAACCUUCUUGACCUUUGGUAAAGCUUCAGAGGGCUCCCAAGGCAGCAAGCUCACCAGCACCUUCCUUACGGAAAUGAGUUCUUUGUUUGAGAUGCUGCUAAACCAGAAGGCUGACUCUCAUGGCGAUCCCGCAUCUGACGUUCUUAUGAGACUUUCAGGCUGCAGUAAGACUUUGGCAGCGGACAGUAGCAAAAGUGAUAAUACCAAGAAGUAAUUUAUUAUCUUAUGAGAAGAUGUGUCAAGACUACAGAAUAAAGGACUGAUAAAAUAGCCAUAGUAGCCUGAUACGUCAAGUUUUAUAUACAUAAUAUACAGAUGGUUCCACACAAUCUUAUGAUUGCGACCCACUGUAGAAUUCACAAUUGAUCAGUACAUUCAAAGCACAAAGAAUGGACACAGACAGGGUUGGCCUGGGGUGCCUGGUGCCCACCACCCAGCCACUUCCCUGUUUAAAAAUAAAAAUGCCCAUGCGUUCCAGAGUGAAAUAUACAACAGCAGUGGUAGCUGGGGGCAGCUGGCUUGCAGGCAAGUGGCAGGGCCCAACAGGGUCAGGGCCCACUGGGAAUUUCCUGGUCUCCUGAUGGGUCAGUACGACCCUGGACACAGAAAUAAAAGCCAACUUCAUGAUCAUAUGGUAGGUGGUCAGUUAGAGAAUUACUAUUUCAAUAUAAAAGUAAACAGAAUUCUCAAUGUUUCUGAUUAUAACAGACUUGCCUGAAUAUGAAGAUAGGACCAAAAAAAACUGUGUUUGUGAUUCACAGAAGCACUUAUUUGGGGGACUUCAGUGUCCUAAAAAAAUAAAAACUCUUACUGUUGAA